ACAUUCUCAGAAGGCUUUAAUUAUGAUUACAAAACAACUAUGAAAAUGGUGGGUUCUUUAUAGAUUGGCUAGUAAGGCCCCCCCUAUUCUAAGCUCAUGUUCAAUGUCAUGACUGGAAUUAUAACAAGUUGCUUGUGAGAAAGAAAUUGUUAAAUAUGAAAGUCACAUGGCCUACCUAUGGUCUGAGCCAGAGACUCCUAAGUAGGCUAGACCAUAGCUGAAUAGGCCUGCUCUGAAAAAUAAAGUUAAAAUCACUGUUGCCCCCAUCCCAAGGCAUUUCUAAGUUAUUCUAGUAAAAAUGCCACUUACUCACAGAAGCUAUUCUGUCCAUACUUAUGACCUUGAGCCAGGAGCAUGGAAAGACAAUUGAGCUUUGAAAAUGGACUAAAACAAGGGCAACAAGGAAGAUGUAAUGAAAUUGAAGAAUGUGAUGACUUGAAGGAAGAUGAAGAGUUAACUGUAUUUAAACCUCAAAAUUUGACAUCAUCUAUUCAAAUUGAUCCUCUUUGUGAACCAAGAACAUUGCGUAAAAACAGUGUUAUUCUAAAAUUUAUUCCACCAAGUGACAUAGAGUCCAAAGUUUUAGUCCUUUUUACUGGUGGGACUAUUGGAAUGCGUCAGACUUCAAAAGGAGUUUAUGCACCACAACCAAAUUAUUUGGAGAGAAUUGUUCGAAAAUUUCCAGAAUUAAAUGACGAAGAAUAUGUUUGUAGAAAUUUUCCGGGAAAAGAUCAGCCUCCAUUGGUUCUUCCUGAAACUGGGAAUUCUAAGAGAGUUGUAUAUACUAUAUAUGAAUAUGAUCCACUGUUAGAUUCUGCAAACAUGACAAUGGAUGAUUGGAGAGCUAUAGCUCUGGAUAUUAAGGAAGCUUAUGACAUUUUUGAUGGCUUUGUGAUCCUCCAUGGGACAGAUACACUAGCUUACACAGCAUCUGCUCUCUCCUUUAUGCUGGAAAAUCUUGGAAAAACUGUCAUACUAACUGGAUCUCUGAUUCCACUGUAUGAGCCUCGCAGUGAUGGCCGUGAGAACUUCUUGAACUCUUUAAUAAUAGCAGGAAAUCACUGCAUUCCUGAGGUAUCUGUGAUGUUUAAAAACCACCUGUUCAGGGGAAAUCGCUCAAGUAAAAUCAGUUCAAACAGUUUUAAAGCUUUUAGUUCUCCCAACAUGAUGCCACUUGCUACGGUUGGAAUGAAUAUUAAUAUACAUUGGCAAAAUGUCUUCAAACCUACGAAAAUUGAGAAAUUUCGAGUUCAUGACAAACUUAACUGUAAUGUUGGCCUCUUGCGACUCUUCCCAAGCAUUACAGUGGAAGUGGUUCGAGCUUUUAUGAUGCCUCCUAUUGAAGGUGUUGUAUUACAGACUUAUGGAGUAGGAAAUGGUCCUACUAGUAGAAAAGACUUGUUGGAUGUGCUGAAACAAGCUACUCUUCGUGGUGUGAUAAUCGUUAACUGCACACAGUGUAAUAGUGGACUUGUUGAUCCAGCAUAUGAGACAGGAAGUGCCUUACUAGAGAUAGGUGUUGUUCUUGGUUCUGAUAUGACUCCUGAGGCAGCCCUUACGAAGCUUAGUUAUAUUCUGAGCAAGUCUCAAUGGUCAUUUGAAACAAAACGAAAGAUGAUGGAGACUAACCUGAGAGGUGAACUAACUGUAGUGAAGAAUACUAAGCUGGAAGAUAAAAGUCUCAUCACAGGAAUUAUUAAUGCCAUGCAUAUUUCUUCUGCAGAGGAAGUUGAAUCACUUCGUAGUGCUUUGUACCCUUCUAUUCUCUGCUCAGUCACAGCUAAAGGUGAUCUGGAAAAACUGGAAAUAAUGAGACAGUCUGGAGCUUACCUUUCAGCCUGUGAUUAUAACUUCAGGACUCCACUACACAUUGCUGCAUCAGAAGGUAAUGUGGAAAUGGUAAAAUACCUUCUUCAGCAUGGAGCAAGUGUCCACAUGCGAGACAGAGAACACAAGUGCCCAAUCCAAAAUGCUAUUGAGUUUGAUCAUCAUUCAGUUAUAAAACUGUUAAAAAAAGCUGGAAGUCAUCUUUGUCUUCCUCCCCUCACCUUAGCAGAUAAUCUUAUAAGUGCAGUUAAAAGGAACUCUGUAAAGCGACUGAAAUCUCUGGCAAUAGCUGGUGCUAACCUUAGUGAACAAGAUGGUUGCAAAAGGACAGCUCUGCAUGUUGCAGUGGAGAUGGAUCAUGAAGAAUGUGUCAAGUAUCUCCUGGAAGUUGGCGUUGACACCAGUCGUACUAACUUGUAUGAACACACACCCAUAGAUAUUGCUAAUAUAUUAAAUAGACACAAGGUUAAAGAACUGUUAGAACAACAUUUAGAAGGUGGAUCAAAAGAGAGCUAACUAUAAUGAUUUAAGUAGCUAUGAUAUUUCUAAAAUGUGUUAUAGACAACAGGUUCAUCUAUGGUGUUUAGGUAUACGUUAAGGUAUAACAAUACCAGUUCAUUUGAAAAUGACUGUUUUUUAAGCACUUGCUAAUGUUUUGAAAAUUCAUAUAUUUGACAUAGUGGUACAUGCUUGUGAGACCUAGCCAUCGAGAUUUGUUUCUUGAAAAUGAUGAAGAUUUAGAAGUAUUCAGUAUAACAACCAUAGGAAAUAGUUCAUUGAAGCUGUACAUUAUAUAAUACAUUCCAUUAGUUUUGUUGUUGUUGUUGUUUAUUUACCAUAAGUAAUAAUUUUCUGGAUCUUGGGUGGAGGGAGGGACAUCACAUGCUAAAUAUUUUAAAGGGAGACAACAACUAUUUACCAGAAAAAAGAUGGUCAAUGUAAAACAACUAUAUACCAG